GCGAGCUGAAUGUAUGCAAACUGCCUCCUGCUCCUCAGCCUGCUGAGCUGCCCUCUCUGUGGUCCCUCCUCAUCAGCGACAUGAGUAGCCUGCGGUCUCUGCUGCGCCGCUGCUGGCUGCCGUCCCUGCUGCUGCCGGCGCUCCUGGGCCCCCGCCUCGCCGCCGGGGUGGCCCUGGAGCCCAUGCACUGCGCCCCGUGCACCCAGGAGAAGGUCGCCCUCUGCCCGCCCGUCGCGCCCGGCUGCCCGGAGACGGCCCGGCAGCCCGGCUGCGGCUGCUGCCAGACCUGCGCCCUCGGGCCGGGCCAGCCGUGCGGGGUCUACACGGCCCGCUGCCGCCAGGGGCUCCGCUGCCACGUCCCCGCGGGAGAGCCCCGGCCCCUCUCCGCCCUCAUCCAGGGACAAGGGACGUGCCUGCCCGCCAGCGAAGCCGGAGGGAUGCGCACGGCGGAGCCGGCAGACUCUAUUGAACCUGAGGAUAUACCUUUGGAAAGCACUGAAAUGACACAGGAUCAGCUGCUGAACUAUCAGUUGAUGUUUCCCAUAGGCCAGGACAAAUCUAUACCCUGGAAUGCCAUCACUGCAUAUGAAAACAUGAAAGCAAAGAGAAUAUCUGAACUCAAGAAAUGGAAAGAGCAGGGACCUUGUCAGAAGGAGCUCUACAGAGCCCUGUAUAAAUUGGCGAAGGCUCAGCAGAGAAGCGGAGGGGAGAUUUACAAAUUCUACUUGCCCAACUGCAACAAGAAUGGAUUUUACCACAGCAAACAGUGUGAAACUUCACUGGAUGGAGAGUCUGCUGGAUGCUGGUGUGUCUAUCCAAAAAACGGAAGAAGAAUUCCUGGAUCUCCAGAAAUGAAAGGAGACCCCGAAUGCCAACAGUAUCUCAACUCACAAGAAUAAAACCAAACACAUUCAUUCACAUCAAGUUUUCUGCGAGGUCUGAUCUAGUCAGGAGCCAUUUCAGUUAGGAGCCAUUUCAGUAAGGUAGCUUCGUGCACCUCAUUUUCAGCAUAUGAGUAACCCCAUAAAGUAGCUUUUUUACUGCACUGGCAUUACUCAGAUGCUCAAGUGACAGAUAUGAGCAUCUGCAAGAUCAAAUCCUACGAUCUUGUAUAUUUUGUUUGUAUAAUAUUAUAGAUACUCUCAUAUGUAAAGCUGUUGAAUUAUUUAUUUCACAGUAUGUGUAUUUUUGUCUCUGUGUGUUGUUACUAAUUUAUAUCCUCAAACACUUCAUAACUUUAUAUGUAAAUACUUAAUAUUAUUGCUCUUAAAUGUAUGCAUCUUAUGUUGGAGGAAUGUUGCUACUUAAAACUUCAAAUGACAUAACUCUACUGGGAAAAAUGUCUUGUAAACUUGCGUUUUUGUACUAUGUAUUUAUAGAUUAAAAACUGAACUUUAAAAAAUAGCUUUCAGUAGAGAACAUGCUCAGAAACUUAUUUAAAACCUGAUUUGUUUAUAUAUCAUGUUGCUUUUGCACCUCUAUUUCAAUGUCAAGCUGUUUCUUAAAAAAGUAAGUCUAAACCUUGAUUAUAUACUGAAGGUCCUGAUGGGACAGUAUUUGUUUCUAUUUUCCAAACAUAUGCACUGGAUAAAUGGCAAAACACAACAGGAUAUUCUGUGCCACCUUUGACAGGUGUAAGUUGUUCACAUGUUGACAUUGUCAUGUUAUUUAAGAUGAGCUAUUAAAUACUGUGUU